GGCAGUCUCACCGUCGUCGGGCCUUUUUCAUCUCUCUUGUUCUGCUCAAAAAUACCAGACGAGUAGUUGUCGUGAACAGGAGUCUUUUUGUUUACGAGCAUCUCUUUUCAUAUUGGACAUUGCCGGUCAACCAUUCUGGCCAUGUCUUCUGCAGCGGCCAUGCGCUUCAGUGCGCGUCCGUCACGCAGCAUCAAGACCACACUGAACCUUGCGCAACCGCGACUUUUUCCCGCUGGUGCCCCGCCAUCAGUCGUUUCGACGCCGCUUGCACCCCGCCGAGCACACUUGCCUUGCCUCAACCACCUUCUUCACCAGUCUCAAUCGUUUUCUUCCACCGCGCCCAGUAUGAGACUUACUGUAGAUAACAUCAACCAGCGCGUCCGCGCCGCCGAGUACGCCGUCCGUGGCGAGCUUGCCGUCAAGUCCGAAGAGUUCCGAGCCCAGCUCGGCAAAGGCGACAAGUCGCUGCCCUUUGACCAGGUUAUUUCCGCAAACAUUGGCAACCCCCAGCAGCUCGACCAGAAGCCCAUCACCUUCUUCCGUCAGGUUCUCAGCAUUCUCGAGAACCCGGAGCUGCUGGAGAAGGAAGACGUCCUCAUCAACGGCCUCGGCUACAAGACCGACGUCAUCGAGCGUGCGAGAUGGCUGCUCAAGCAGGUUGGCUCUGUCGGUGCCUACAGCGCCAGUGCUGGUGUUCCCGCUAUUAAGGAGAGCGUUGCCAAGUUCCUUGAGAAGCGUGACGGAUUCCCCGCCGACCCCAACCACGUCUUCCUCUCCGCCGGUGCCUCGUCCGGCGUUAACACCCUGCUCAACGUCAUCUGCGCUGAAAAGAAGAGCGGUGUCAUGAUCCCGAUCCCCCAAUACCCUCUCUACUCUGCGACCCUCGCUGUUCUCGACGCCACACCCGUUCCGUAUAACCUCGACGAGUCCAAGAACUGGGGUACCGCCCUCGAGACCAUCCAGGCCUCCUACGACAAGGCCGUUGCCGAGGGUGUCGAUGUUCGCUGCAUGGUUGUCAUCAACCCUGGUAACCCUACCGGUGCCUCGCUCACCGAAGAAGACAUCCGUGCUGUCAUCGACUUUGCCAGCCAGAAGAACAUUGUUCUCAUGGCUGACGAGGUCUACCAGACCAACGUCUUCAUUGGCCAAUUCCACAGCUUCAAGGGUGUCCUGCGCAAGAUGCAGCAGGAGAACGCCGGCAAGUACGACGGUGUUGAGCUUGCUUCUCUCCACAGCAUUUCCAAGGGCAUGGUUGGCGAGUGCGGUCACCGUGGUGGCUACUUUGAGCUUGUAGGCUUCGAUCCCGAGGUCGAGGCCAACAUUUACAAGUUUGUCUCCAUCAUGCUCUGCGCCCCCGUCAUCGGCCAGUGCCUUGUCGAAGUCAUGGUCAACCCUCCCAAGCCCGGAGAGCCCUCAUAUGAGCUCUACGACAAGGAGUACAACUUCAUCUUCAACGGUCUCCGGGAGCGCGCCAACGCCCUCCACAAGGCCUUUGAGCAGAUGGAGGGUGUCGAGUGCGGUGCCCCUCAGGGUUCCAUGUACCUCUUCCCUACCAUCACGCUGCCCCAGAAGGCUCACGAGGCUGCUGCCGCCGAGAACCGCAAGGCCGAUGAGUUCUACUGCAUGGAGCUGCUCAAGGCUACCGGUGUCUGCACAGUUGCUGGCAGCGGUUUCGGCCAGGCUGAAGGCACACUGCACUUCCGUACUACCUUCUUGGCACCCGGUACCGAGUGGGUUGACAGCAUUGUCAAGUUCCACAACGACUUCAUCAACAAGUACAAGUAAACAAAUCUUUCCUUUCCAGCCUUGCACAGGGCAAAACAAUAGAAAACCCGUACAUAUCUUUCAAUUGUUACUAUUAUCACCAUUUCUUUUUUUUUCUAGUUAGCUCAAAAGACUCAUUUUCUUGGCUAUCGGCUACUUUGAUUUUAUGUUGGGAUAUCUGGGGGUUGUAGUUCUUCUAGUCGCUCCUAAUUCUAUAAAUAUAAAAUCAUAGACACUUAUGGGACUUUGCACACUAGUUGACAUUAGAAUGAUAAUUUCUCAUUAUCUAAGAGCUUUGAUAUCAUACAAACGCCAUACCGUAAAACAUGAUAUACGUUGCACCGCCCUCCAUCAUUUAGACGUCUAUUUAUUUUGCUAACCAGUAUUUGCUGCUUAUGCACGCUCACUUCCUCUUAGUCUCACAGCCUGUCCGUACUUUUGAAGCUUGGUAAUCAGCUGGUCACCCUGGCGGACUACGUCCUGGUAUUGCUUGUUCUUAUCGUCGGGGCGGUUGGUCUCAAUUACGCCCUUGCCGCUGACACGGUCAAUUGUGCAUGGGAUACGGCCGGCAGCAAUGAAGCGAGCGAGGUCACUAUGAGUAAAUACUUAGUUAAAGGCCAGCAUACAAUAUGGUGCGGUGCUUUCUUACCGAUCGAGAAAGUCUACUGUGACUCCAAAGUCGUUGGCCAUGCUGUCUAAGCCGACAACACGGUAGCUUUGAAGGAGUUGCUGGUAUGCGCGUAGGCGCAUUUCGCGGAUGAACCACGACUUGUGCUCAUGCAGGUAGCGGUCCUGGUUGAGGAAUUGCUCUUCAACGGCAGCCAAGGACUGGAAGAAGGUCUUGUAAUUUCCGUUGUAGAGACUGCUGACAAGGCGCGCAAGAGGGCUGAAAUCAAUGGCGAGCUCGGAGUCAGACUGCUCAGUGGUGGAACCUAGUGUUGUCAAGUUGACGGCGGUCUUGGCCGAGCCCUCGGUGUUCUUAUCGGCCGCGGGGUCCUCUGCGCCAGGUCCAGCGCUCAAUGCGCCACUGAGAGCAAGGAACUUGUCCUCACCAUCACCCAAAAUGGCCUUGAUUUCAGGUGCAUCGACAACCUUUGACUUGAAGUCUACACGCUUCAAUGAGACAGAUCCUGCUAGCACAGAGUACACAACGAGAUUUGAGUAUGUGCACAGUUCAUAGCUGGUGAAGGUGGAGAGAGAGUCGAGCAGGAGCGGGGCGGCAACGUUAUAAGAUCGCAGGGUGAGGAGGUGUAGGCCUUCGUAAGCCUUGAGGCGGUUACGUCUGUCCCAAUCGCCGCCGGUUUCGACGAGGGUCUUGGCGCGUUCGAUAUGCUUCUUGACGAGGAGCUUGUCGCCGAAGAACAAGCCGGUGCGGAUUAUUGCGAGCACGAGAUCGAUCUUGGUACCGAGAAUGCCCGUCUUCUCGAAAACGUCUUCGUAGGCGGUGAGCGCUUUGUCCUGUACGAGUAACUGAGUUAGCCAGGUUAUCAAGUUUGUGUACGUCGUCGUGUUUGGUGACUUACCUUGUCGCCCACGCGAGCCCAGAACUCGGCGCGCUUGCCCUUGGCAGCCAUAACCUCUGUGUCUCCGGCCUGCUCGACGGCCUCAUCCUCCUCCUUUUGGAAUUCGGCAAGCUCCUUAUCGUUCUCGGCCUUGAGGCUGUUGUAGAGAGCCUCAUCCCAUGGCAAGCUGACGCCGGUAGCGGGGCCUUUGGUGGCAACGAUGCCGGCCAAGCUGGACUUUCUGCUCAGGGGCUUGCCCGGGCCGCCUGCUGAGCCGGUAUCACUGACGGUGUUGAGAAGACCCUCUGUAGGGUGCGCGAGGUAUCUGUAAAAGGGCGCCAUCUUGUCGCCGGUGAUGGCAUCGUGGAGGGCCUUGACGGCGGCCUGCUGACUCUGUCUCGUGGCAUAUGCGUUUGUGAGGGUGAAGACGUGCUGCGAGAGGGGCAGCAGCGGCCACUUGGCAUAUUGAGGAUCGGAACCCAUGGCUUUGGCGCGUUGCAAUCCGGUCGCUGUGGGAGAAAUGAGUUGAAUUGGAGG